UUAUAAUGGUGUGCGCGCGGACAGCGCGAGCACACACACACACACACACAGUCCGGCGGGAAAGGCGCGUGCAGCUGAAUGAAACGGAACGCAUGGAGCACGCGCAGGGACUUUGACAGUCGAACUUGGUGAAAAUAACGGGACAAGCUGCGGAAUUCUGCACACUGCAUUAUUGCUUAUUGGUUACGAAUAAAAGUUUGUGCUUGACACCAGGAGUGCAGCGAUGCUGGCGCGUGAGGCUCGAGCGUCUUUCCGGGAGCUUUCUUCUCUAAUCUCGGUUAGUCUAAUCUUGUCUGAUUUUCUUUGCGGAAUCCUUGCUUUCAACUUGGAUUUGGAGAAUCCCGCUGUGUACAGUGGACCCGCAGGGAGUUACUUUGGAUACUCCGUGGACUUUUACCAACCGACGCAGUACAGGAGCGCUGUAUCAGUGCUGGUCGGGGCUCCCAAAGCCAACACCACCCAGCCCGGGAUUGUGGAGGGCGGUGCGGUUUAUUACUGCUCCUGGCCUCCAUCUGAGCAGGACUCAUGCCGCGAGAUCCCUUUCGAUAAAGCAAAUAACAGGAUGGUUAAGGUGAAUGGGACGCGGGAGCCGUUGGAGUUCAAAUCCCACCAGUGGUUUGGAGCUACUGUCCGAACACACAGGGGUAAAGUAGUGGCCUGUGCACCUCUGUAUCACUGGCGAACAGUAAAGAUCAGCGGUGAGAUGGAUCCAGUGGGCACGUGCUAUGUUGCUGUGCAGAACUUCAGUGCCUAUGCAGAGUAUUCACCUUGCAGAACAAAUAAUCCGGACCCUGAAGGACAGGGCUUCUGUCAGGCUGGCUUCAGUGUGGAAUUCACUAAGGACGGGACAUUAGUACUAGGAGGACCAGGGAGCUUCUACUGGCAAGGUCAAGUGAUCACAGCAGGAGUAGCGGAAAUCUUGAAUGGCUACUCUUUGAAGGCAAUUCUCCGAAAGGUGCAGGGAGAGAAACAGACAUCAGCCGCCUCAGACGUCUAUGACGACAGCUACCUGGGAUACUCUGUAGCUGUGGGAGAGUUCACUGGUGAUUCACAGCAAGAAUUGGUAGCAGGAGUUCCACGAGGAGCGCAGAACUUCGGUUAUGUUGCUGUGAUAAACUCCACAGAUCUCACCCUCAUUCAGAAUUUUACUGGAGAGCAGAUGGCUUCAUAUUUUGGAUACACUGUGGCAGUGACGGACAUUAAUGGAGACGGGUUGGAUGAUGUUCUGGUCGGAGCGCCCCUGUAUAUGGAUCGGGAGUUUGAGAGUAAGCCACGAGAGGUGGGCCGGGUUUACCUCUACCUACAGGAGGACACACUCCUCUUCUCACCUCCCAUAACACUCACCGGUGUACACCUGUUUGGACGCUACGGUAGCGCCAUCGCUCCUCUUGGAGACAUCAAUCAGGACGGAUACCUGGAUGUGGCAGUGGGAGCUCCGUUUGCAGGCGAGAACCGUGGCGGUUGUGUGUUUAUCUAUAAUGGCGAGAGGUCUGGCUUGAGGCUGAAGGCCUCACAGGUGCUCAAAGGAUCCUGGGCUUCGACUGGAAUCCCAGCAGGCUUUGGGUUUACGCUGCGUGGGGACUCAGACCUGGACAACAACCAGUACCCCGAUCUAAUUGUUGGUGCUUUUGGAGCUGACAAAGUCGGGGUGUACAGAGCAAGACCUGUGGUUACAGUGGACGCUCAGCUCAUCCUAACUCCCAAAAUCCUCAACCCGGAGAACAAGACCUGCCUCAUGCCCACCUCUAAUACCAUGGUUCCCUGUCUGAGAGUGGACGUCUGUGCUAAAGUCUCUGGUAUUGGAAUCCCAGACAGCGUUGCUCUGAACAUGGAGCUGCAGUUGGACUCACUAAAGCAGCGAGGUGCCGUGAAGCGGGUUCUGUUCCUCGACUCACAUCAGCACCACCGCUCGCUGCAGAUGCGUCUGGGCCAGCGAGAUCGGCACAGAUGCCUGAACCACACCAUCUACCUGAGAGAUGAGACGGAAUUUAGAGAUAAGCUGAGUCCUAUCACUGUAGCUCUGAACUACAGUCUGGAUCAGACGUCUCCUUUAUCUGGCCUCCAGCUACGACCCAUACUGGAUCACUACAGCAUGACCUUGCACCGUGAACAGGCGAACAUCUUGCUGGACUGUGGAGAGGACAACAUGUGUGUCCCAGAUCUUGAGCUCUUCGCUAAAAUGGACCGGACAGAGCUGGCGAUUGGUGAUGAAAACCCACUGAUGCUUACCAUCAUGGCAGCCAAUCAUGGAGAAGGCGCAUAUGAGGCAGAGCUUGUGGUGCAUCUCCCACCAGAGGCGGACUACAAUGGCAUGGAGCGCCGACGGGAGGACCUACAGAUUCUGAAUUGUGAGCACAGGAUGGGAAAUGACACCCAGUCGGUUGUGUGUGAAUUAGGAAACCCAAUGGUGGCUGGAGCAAAUGUAUCUUUUGGUUUGCGAUUCUCCGUCCAGAGGUUAGAAGACGCUGAACCUCACAUUGGCUUCGAGCUGCAGAUCCAUAGCACCAAUAAAGAUAACCCGAAGAGUAACCCUGUGAAUUUGACUCUCAACAUCGUCGCAUGGGCGCAGGUGGACAUCAGAGGUGUCUCUCUCCCAGCUCAAGUAGUUCUUCCUUUUCCUCACUGGGAGCCCAAAGAGAACCCAGUCAGAGAGGAUGAUAUUGGGCCUCAGAUCCAGCAUAUCUAUGAGCUGUAUAAUAAAGGUCCAAGUUCUGUGAGUGGCACAAUUCUGGAGGUGGGAUGGCCCAGUCGUUAUCGGGACGAGCAUUUGCUCUACGCCAUGGAGAUCGUCACUGAUGGACCGAUUCACUGUCGCAUCAACGGCUCUCUUAACCCACUGGAACUUGAGACGUCCACUUUGCAGGACACUCCUGAGCUGCUGGGUUUUCUGCGCAACAGCAGCAGGCCGACUCGUCGCAAGAGAUCUGUUACGACCACACAGAGCUACAGCAGCAAAACACUGAAUUGCUCUAAUAUCCAUUGCCUGAUGCUGGAGUGCACGGUGGGCCGUUUGGAUCAAGGACAGAGUGCAGUGGUCAAAGUCCAAUCAAGACUCUGGGCUCAUACCUUCCUACAGAGGCGGAAUGACAACUACCUCGUCAACUCUACCGUGUACUUCCGCGUAACAGGCAUGCCGUACCGCAUCAAACCGCAGACCCUGCCACACCAGAGUAACUCGAUCGGUACAUAUGUGGUAUGGGCGAUUCCUGAUCUGUCCUUUGCCAUUCCUCUAUGGGUGAUUAUCCUGGCCAUCCUCCUGGGACUGCUGGUGCUCGCCUUUCUAACCCUGGUUAUGUGGAAGUGUGGAUUUUUUGAUCGAGCGCGGCCACCGAAAGAUGACGAUGUCUCGGACCAGGAGCAGCUGACGGGCGAGAAAUCGACAGAAGCGUAAAAGAGAGAACAGGGAAAACAAGAAUGUGGAAGAAAUAUCCAUGAAGAUGGUGAAUGAGCUUUGAUAGAGGGACUUGUGGCAUGUCAAGGGUGCCUGAACUAGCAAUACGACCAUCCGAUCUCCCAUGCUGCACUGGGAUCUGUAAGCUGGUUCACACUGUCUUUCAUGGAAAACUUUAUUCGAAUCAGGCAGAGCGUGGGUUUCUGGAUCUGAGGUGCUUUUUUCUCGGAUCCCUCCAGGGCUGUGAAAAGAGAAGUGAUAGUUAAGGACUGCAAGAGAGAAAUCCUGAUUCUUGCGUUAUAAACCCCAAAGACAAUCACACACACACCGAGACUGAACAAUGUACGCUGGGAAAACAGGAUUUCUCUUAAAUGCACAGCUCACUUUGCCUUAAAGAACUGUAACACUGCUGAGAGUUUCUAUGAGCUGUAAGAUGAGCUUUUCCAGACCUUAUAUUCAAUUGAUUUCGCAGGUCUUAAAAUCUUCUCUGAGUGCCUACACCCACCCACACACACACACACACACACACACACACAUGUGCACACACACUCCUGUAUAUGAAAAACACAGCAUCCAAUUAAGAACACUGUAUACCAUGGAAUAAUGACUAGCACAUUUUUUUGUGGAAAAAAUGCUUUCUUGCUUGAAACCCACACACUUUAAAAAGGCUGAAUCUAGAAACAUGAAGGGUUCUUUCAGUUGUGCCUGUGAGGUAAUCCUUAAAGGUUCUGUGUAGAAAUUCUAUGCAACAGCAGAAUGUUUGUCCAUGAUAGAGGGGUCCACAUAGAAAGAUGGAUUCAAGAACCACUAAAAACCUUUAAGAAAAACCUUUUAUAAUUUUUUUUUUCUAAAAUUUUCCACCAGUGUUCUAAGAAUACUUACUCAGUAAUGAUUUUAUUGCAAUAUAUUUAAUUAGAGCAUGUGUUUUAUAAUACUUUACCAGCUGAACAGUUCACAUCACAGGAGUAGUAUAUGAAUUGAUAAAUAUGUGCAAUAUUGCGAUAUUUGUUUGUUGUUGUUUUUUUGUUGUUUUUUUUUCUUUCUUUUUUUUUUGACUUGCUAAAAUCAUUUGUACACUGGCUCCGAUUGAGAUGUUUUUUGAACUUGAGGUUCAGGUUGUUUUGUAUAUAACGUUAAAAGAGAAUUAUUUUUAAGCUGUAUGAUUGGUGGAUGGAUGACUGGUGCCAAUGUAAAAAGGGAAUGAUGAUAUACCUUUUCACUGUUCAUUCUUUCAAUCGAUAAUAGCUUCAUACUCUUUAUGUUUUGUGUCAUAUUCUGAAAAAAAUGGCCCCAAAAUCGUUAUGAGGAUCAACUCAGCAGCGUCACCUUCAUUUUUAUUUUAUUUUUAAAUUUUAUUAUAAAUCACCAAUAUAAAAUAUAUGCAGUGACAUUUUGGAGAAUAUACAAAAUUUAAGACAUACCUAAACUAUGUCAUUAGCUCUAACUGAAAACUUUGUUGGUGCCUGAACAGAUUUGCUUACCACUGAUUGUAACUGUAAGGCUAAUAAAGAACCAAAAUGCAUACUAGUAAAGAAAUAUUAAUGACACCUGCUAAUAAAUUUUGUAUUUCACUUUU